AGAAUCAAUGGAUUGGAUCUAGAAUUCUCCCCUCACAAGGGAGUUUGUUCAGACGACUGACUACUAGGUGAUGACUACUAGCUCUCAUAGCCUCAGGAAUUUAGAUUCCAAGAAGAAUUUAUUCAGGCAAAGCCUGCAGAAUUUGGCUCAGAAAAAGUUUUCCAAGUUUCCAUCAUACCCUUCCAACAGUUGGGUCUCAAGGUUACCCUUUUCCAUCGACAAUGAAAACAUCUGGUUCGUUUCUCAGCUGGUCUGCCCCGUUGUUCUGCGAAAUAGAAUGAGAGGGGAGGAGCUGCGACUGUGCAGGUGCAGCAGUCACUCCAUCCCCCACGUGACUGACCUGGAGUUUGAUAUUCUGAUCAGCAAUCAGCUCUCUUCCCCAGAGCAGAUCACAGUCGUCUGCGUGUACGACUUUUCCUCGGCUGAGGGCGGGGCGCUGAAGGAGAUAGAAGAGUUAUAUGCGCGCAAAAACAGAACGCGGAACAUGCCCUGUCUCCAGGGCCGCCUGGAUUCCUUCCGCUUGCUCAAGUACAAUAUCAGCACUUCAGAUGAAUUCACUGAUCAUGCUGGUUCUCUCUUGGUCUUCAGGCACAAUGUGGCCCCAGGCAUGUUCUUGAUGUACAUCCAGGGAAAGCUGUUGUUUGCCAACUACGUGUUAAAUGGGUACAGCACCUCGGCUAAAGACCUCCAGAAGCAAAUUGUGAAGACCAGAAAUGAUUACCACUUGGGUUACCAUCUACCUAAUGAUUUUAGAGUUAGGAAUCAAAAUCAAAACUGGACCAUUAAAGGGAACUGGCGCAGAUAAACAACCCAGCCUGCCAGAAGAAUAACUGGGACAUCCAAGCCUCCCCUUUGAAGAAUAUGAUUUCUGAUUUAGAAAGAAAAUGCUCUGGGUAAAACUGUUAACUCUCAUCACACAUGUUUGAAUGGUCUAGUUUUAAUCACAGCAAGAGGUUCUCCCAAUAGAAAUCAAAACAUUAUGGAAGGUCAUGAAAUCAAUAAUAGUCUUUCCAUACAUUAAGAUUUCUCCUAUGAGAAAUUCAAUGAUUAAACAACCUGGAAUAGUCAGAAUUCACAAAGUAACAUUUUUAGAACGUAAGGAGACAAAAUAAAUGUUUCAGAAACUUGUGCUCUAAACUUUGCUGUCUGUCCUCU